GAGCCAGCGAGACUUUGAGCCUCCGGGUGGGCUAGAGCGGCGCGACCGGCCGGCGUGUGCGGCCAUGGAGGACGAGAAGAGCUUCUCGGAUAUUUGCGGCGGCCGCCUGGCCCUGCGGCGCCGCUACUACUCACCGUACUGCCGCGAGUUCGGCCUCACCUCGGCUCGGCUGUCGCUGUGGUCGCUCACCGCUGUCACCUGCGCGGUGUGGCUGGCGGCCUACGGGCUCUUCACCCUGUGCGAGAACAGCAUGAUCCUCUCUGCUGCCAUCUUCAUCACCAUCUUAGGCCUGCUUGGUUACCUCCAUUUUGUGAAGAUUGACCAGGAGACUCUCUUAAUCAUCGACUCACUUGGCAUCCAGAUGACUUCAUCUUAUGCAUCAGGCAAAGAAAGUACCACAUUCAUAGAGAUGGACAAGGUCAAGGAUAUUAUCAUUAAUGAGGCUAUUUACAUGAAAGUCAUUUACUACCUCUGCAUUUUACUGAAGGAUCCAGGGAAACCACAUGAGAUAUCCCAAGUAGUUCCUGUCUUCCAGAGUGCCAAGCCCCGGCUGGACUGCUUGAUUGAAGUAUAUAGAAGCUGCCAGGAGAUUCUGGCGCACCAGAAAGCCACAUCUACAAGCUUAUGAAUCUCAGCAUUCAAAGGGAUACACUACCGUGAACUGGUGGAGGGAGGCCUAAGUGUUGUCUACUCCAGAGAGAAUUCACAGAAAACAUGGACAGGAGGGCUGACUCAGUUAGGCAGUGCCCGCUGCCUGCUGCACCCAGGGAAUGAGAGCCAGGCCAUCAGGGGAUCUGUGGGCCCUUCAGCCCCACCUGCUACUCACCACAGCAGGCAGCAGUACUUCGUCGGGAUGACACGUCUGACAGCUGCAUGCCUGAUGUGGCCAUUGCAUAGAUCCUGCUCUCCUGAAAGAAAAAGACCCAGGCGGUCAGGACCACGCUCCCCUCAGCCCUUCCAAGAAAGUGGAGAGAACACAUGAUGUGUAGGAGGCAGAACAGGUUCACCACUUAGAGCUGGUUACUGCUGAGCGAUUUUAAACAAAUGUCCUCAUUUCUAAGCCUUAAUUUCUCAGCUCUAAAAUACUAUUGACUUUUAAAGAGUCUGCUAAUGGAAUCAAAUUAAGUAAUUAAUGUGGAAAUGCAAAUAAAUGUAUAAUAUAAACAUCUCA